AUGUCUGAUUGUGACUACACAAGCUCUUCCGACGACUGCCACGGGCCUGAACUCGAUUAUCUCCAAACUCAGACUGACGCGACUUCGAUUGUACCCUUCGCCGCGACUCAAACUGCCUCUGAAGCCAAUCAUCUGUUCUUGCACCCAGCUCAGAUCAACACGACUUCAACAUCAAUUGUGCCUUUUGUCGCUAAUCAGCUGUCAGCUAAUGUUCAACCUCACUCACCCCAGGCUGAGAAGAAAAAGAAGAGACGUGACCGACCAAAGAAGACCGGAAAGAAGUUUAAGAUCCCUGUCCCGGCCACCGGUGAACUCCAGACUUACAAUGACCACGGUUCCAAAUGCGACGGACAAGGUUAUCCGAGCUACCCAAAUGGCAAUACUGUAUUUGUUCGAACCACCGACAUGAUCGAUUACAUUACUAACUUUGGCUUCAUUGCGUAUCCUCACACGCAAAAGUCUCAAGGCUCCAAGAAUGGACCGUGGAAAACGACUUGGUACACCUGCCUGGGUGUACUGCACUGCCACGACAACUAUUGCAAUUACGCAGCGCCCCCACUGACUGCCAAUGGCAAGGCUGCUGAGAUGAUCAAAUUGCACCCGAUCUGCCCAGCCGUUGAAUGUAAUGGAAACCAUGUUUGGACUCGAUGUACCACCACGAACUGCCGAGUCAAUGUUGAGAAGUCUACGGGAUGGGCCGUCCUUUGCCACUCCGGCAGUCACAACCAUGUGUGGCCCGCUCCUAAGAAAGCUGACCCGUUGGCCAUGCUCAAGCUCACUGACGAGCAAGUCGGUCAGGCAGGAGCAGGCCAAACCAUUACUGCACCUCCUGUAAUCGACAUCCACCCUGCGUUUUCGAAUGGAGGUAGACUCGGCUACCUGUGUCGCAAAGUGUUGGUAGAGAAGGGCCUCAUGCCCGAGAAAGAAAGUCUUGGAGGUGGAGACCGCCUGAUCAUGAAUCCCAUGCACUGGGGGCGGAAUGGCCUCAGACUCAUAUUGACUUCACUGUUAGGCGCCGACGUCCACAUCACGUUUCAAAGCAAGUGGAUGGCUGAACAGCUCGUCCGACACGAUCAGAAUGGCAAGACUUACUCUGGAGGGUUGCUAUCUGACGUUACUUACAGAUUUUUCCACAAUGGCUACCUCCUGACGACUUCUAUGUACAGUGAUCUCAUGACACGAUGGAUCCCCAUCCAGCUCAAGUGGAUAUGGGGGCUUGAGACGAACCACUACCGAGCUCAUUUCACAACUCUCCUCAAGCAGAUCAAGAACGCGGACCUGACCCACCACGAGAGGGAGCUAUUAGGCCAACACGUGGUGGAUUUUUCGACAGCGCAAAAGAAAGGCUUCAUCGCGGCUUACAUGGAAGAGGCCAUGAACAUUAUCGAAAAUCUAUUACUCGGAUCGAAAAAAAAUUGUAAUGUUGUUGAUGCGGCUCAAGUGGGUUACUUUGAACAAUUGGCCAUGGACCUCCUUGAGCCAAACAAACCGGACGGCAUGACUUUAGGCAACAAGUUUGAUCAGCUCGGUCGUCUGUUUCCUAAAGCGAAGGCCUGGCUGGACUGGUGGAACACCAGUGACAUCCACUCUAUGCUCUUUUGUGCUCGACCUCGCCUGCCCCUAGACAAUCCCCCAAACCCAGCGGAUCCCAAUGGCAAACAAGAGCUCCCUGACACGACCAAUGCCCAGGAGUCUAUGCAUAGGCAGUACUACAUAUUAUCUUUGGGCCACUGCACUAUAGUUCAAGGUUUUGUCCAACUGCUCCUAUUUGUCGAAUCACUCAACAAGGAUUUCAACCAGCUGCGUCGUGGCAUACCAGUGAAGUAUGGUUCUAGUUGGGAGUUGGUGGUGGAAACCUUGGGCUGGUCGAAGGAACGCACCCUGCUUCGCCCACAGGUCAAUGACGAACGACCUCCCGACACUACCGACUCACUCAUUUGUCCAAAGAAGCUUGGCCGCCCUGUUGGUUCUGGAAAUGUGAAUUGUGACCCCCAUUCAUCGUAUCAAUCUUAUUCAGCAAGUAGCCAGCCAGGAAAGCAAAACCGCUGCUGGGAAACCGCCACGCUCGAGUCUUUCCUGCCCACCUUUGGACCCUUGUGGAUUGAAGGAUCCAAGGGACUCAAGUCUCUUCAAUCUGGGGUUCAACUACUAUCACCUGCUUCAUUUGUCACCGAUAUGUUCUGCUCUGCCGAUGGGUUCAUUGAGCACCUGCUUGUCCGACGUAAUCGACCGACUUUGGCAGGUCGCCUGUUUGCCUUCAACGUUCAACGUGACUAUCAAUGCGUGCAAUUUCCUUCACAUCAAGAAUCAGAAACCGUUGAACAAACAACUGUGGUCCUUACUCAAGCACCAUCUACCCUACCAAAUCGCUUGGAAGACGAUAUGGACGUCAUGGUUCUGACUGUUGAUCCUACUGGUGAUGUCCCGCGGUUGUACAAACGAUCUCGUUUGGAUUUCACCAAAAAUCCUCCGCACGUUUAUUUCCACUUAGGCGGGGUAGCUGGCCUUUCACAUGAAGACAGGGCAAGUUUCAUGAAUGACAUGAACCGGCCUGAAACUUUGACGCUUAACAACAUCGAGUACCACAUUGUUUCGCGUGGGUUUUGGGCAUACAAUCAUUAUUGGUGCAAACUGGUCCGACAUCUUGAUGGGGCACGUGGGGUGUGGUUUUUUGACGAUCGCAAGGAUGACGGAAGGGCACAGCUACUAGGCCGGGACAUGAGCUUGAUAUCGGGGGCUCAACCAUCGACCAGUUGGUUGAUCUACUCGCGCAAGCCCACAACUGAAGAACAGAAGACCAUCGACUUGGGCAUAGCCAAAAUUAUCAAGAAAAACCCUGAUCCUCUUGGUGAUGUACCUUUUGUUAGAGCAACAGACUUAGAUGGACUUGAAAAGCAAAUCCUUGAAGACUCUCCUGUGACCGACGGGUUUGGAACGGUGGCCGCGGCCACCAUUAUUAGCAGUCAGAAUCAGGCAAGGGUAGCCUUUACAUUGGCUACAGCAGUUAGGAUUGAACCGGCUAAUUCCCAAGCGGACGUGCCUGAUGCGUUGUCUCACACCAAUCAACCGACUCCGAUGUUGGAUCACAACGGGUCCACUAAAACGGAGUCGACUCCCACUGAACCCGUAAUCAAGCAGGUUGGCCUGUGUGUUUGUCUUAAGCGACUGGCACCACCAUUGGAGAGCCCAAACGCAACGGUGCUCGCUCCUCCUCCAGAAGUCAGUGUAGGGAAGAAACCCACGAUUAGAGGGAAACCUAAGGCUAAGGCGAAGGGCAGGGGAGGGAAGAAAAAAUAG